AUGGCUAGUACAUGCGAUGGUGUCAUGGGCUCAGCACAUUUACGCGAGGAGCCACGAACUGGUGGACCUGAUGGAGAGGAGAAAGGUAAGAAUCAUGUGCUUGCAGGAGACAAAGUGGAGGGGAGUAAGGCCAAAGAACUUGGAAACGGAUUUAAACUGUUCUACAUAGGAGACGAUGGAAGAAAGAACGGAGUUGGAAUUGUUUUGGAUGAGGAACUCAAGAAGGGGGUACUAGAAGUGACAAGAUCUUCAGACCGAAUCAUCUGGCUUAAGAUGGAGAUGGGUAAACUGGUGGUGAACAUCAUGAGUGUGUAUGCGGCCCAACAAGGUUGUGCAGACGAAGAGAAGGAGAAGUUUUGGGAGGAGUUGGACAAAGAAGUGAGAAAAAUUCCAGCUGAGGAGAAACUAUGGAUAGGGGGUGAUUUCAAUGGACACUAUGGUGGUGAUAACACAGGCAGAGAAGAGACGAUGGGCAAAUUUGGUUAUGGUACUAAGAAUGAUGGUGGGGAAGAACUCGUGACAUUCGCGAUGAGGCAUAAUUUGUGGAUCGUUAACACGUUCUAUAAGAAAGCCACUAGGCACAAGAUCACCUACCAAAGUGGAAGCACUCAGUCACAAAUAGAUUACAUCCUCUGCCGCUCAUAUGACAAGAAUACGAAAGACUGUAAAGUAAUCUUGGGGAAACCAUCACAAACCAACACCGACCAGUCAUUUGCACACUUAAUGUUAAGACAUGCGGGAUCUGGGAGAGAAAGUCUGUGGCAAAACCUCCGGAAUGGCAAAGGCUGGAAAGGAGACGGGGAAGUCCAGAGAAGAAUUAGUGAGAAGAAGGAAGCAAAGAAGAAACUCUUUGAAGAUCCAUCUGAAGAGAACAAACCUUACUACAAAACAACAAAGAAGGAAGCUAAAAGAGCUGUGGCAACCGUAAAGGCUAGAGCAUAUAACCAACUCUACGAAGACCUUGAACAACAGAAGACACUCUAUCAGACAAAAUGGAUAAAGAACGAUGAAGGGAAUGUGUUAACAAAUGAUGAGGAUAUUCUGGAAAGGUGGCGGUUGUAUUUUAUGAAGCUCAUGAAUGAAGAAAAUCCUAGGGAAGCACGUGAGGAGGAACAGUUGGGGAAUCCUGGUGAGGUGGAAGCCAUCACUGACGAUGAGGUGAGAAGAGCUGCUAAGGAAGAUGAAGGAUGGAAAAGCAGUGGGGACCAGAUAAUUUACCAAUUGAAGCAUGAAGUGCCUUGGUGA